AUGGCCGGCAACCAUGGGCGAGGUCGUUGCCGCGGGGUGGUCCAGAGGAGCUCGCCGGCGCAUCCAAGCCACGACGCGGUGCAGCAGCGCGGCCGAGUUCCAUCCGCGGUCGCCGUGACGCACUGCCGCGCGGGCUCGGCAAGGCACGAGCCGGCGGCGGCUCCUGCUGCCCGUGUGGAUGGGGGUGGUCAGCAGGGUCGCCGGGUGUCGGGCCAGGGCGCGGCGCGCAAGUGGGCGGCCGGGAGAUGCCCUGCAGCGUAG